AUGAUUUCCGCCUAUAAUCAAUCACUGGUAGUGCAAGGAAACGCGGAGCAGACAAACAGAACAACGAAUUUGAUGGCCCCAACCAUUUUUCUUCAAGGACACGGUGGAGAAAUUUAUACAUCGCGAUUCAGUACAAAUGGGGAUUUUCUUGCUAGUGCUGGCUAUGAUCAGCAGAUCUUUCUGUGGAAUGUGUUCGGAGAGUGCGAUAACUUUGCAGUGUUGAAAGGACACCGUGGAGCUGUUAUGGAUCUUCAAUUCAACUCUGAUUCAAGUCAUCUGGCUUCUUGUGGAACUGAUAAAUCAGUACGCGUUUGGGAUAUGGAAACUGGUGCAUGCAUCAGAAACUUCAAGUCACAUACUGAUAUUGUCAACGCAAUUAGUAUGAAUCGCAGAGGUCCAGAGAUAAUAUGUUCCGCAUCUGACGAUGGAACAGCAAUGGUUCACGAUUUCCGCAGUAAAGAAGCUGUGAAGUGCUACCAAGACAAAUACCAACAAACUGCAGUCACAUUUAACGAUGCAUCUGAUGCCGUGAUCUGCGGAGGAAUCGCUAAUCAAAUCAAUGUGUGGGACAUGCGACGCAACGACAUCAAUUACGUUCUUUCUGGACAUCGGGAUACGAUCACUUCGCUCUCUGUCAGUCACAACGGAAACUUCUUACUAUCGAACUCAAUGGACUGCUCAUGUAUGUUUCAUCUGCGAUUGAGAUAUUCUAAAGAAAACAUUUUCAGUGAUGACAUGGGACAUUCGUCCAUUUGUACCUCGCAAAGACUAUUGGCUAAUUACCACGGAGUCGUUCACAAUUUUGAAAAGAAUCUUCUGAAAUGCGGAUGGUCUCCCAGUGACACCUACAUCACAUCCGGUUCUGCCAACCGUUUUGCUUUUGUUUGGGAUGUCAAAUCUCGUGCGUGUGUCUACAAACUUCCAGGUCAUCUGGGAUCUGUCAACUGCACUGAUCUCCAUCCAACUCAGGCUAUUUCAAUUUUCAGGUCAGAUAGUAAUAUAAAUGAAAUAACUGUCCAAAAAUGUAAAUUGUUAUGGAUGAAAACAGUGGUCAUAUCUCACUACACGGGAGGAGGAGAAUGGUCUCCGUUGGGUACUCUCCGCUGGAAGCGACAAGACUAUAUAUCUCGGAGAGCUCGAUUUGGAGGAUUACUGAGUUUAGUGCUGAUUAGAAAUAUCUCAAUUCCACUGACUUGUAAUAUUUGUCUAAUAUGGUCUGGGUUUCAGAUUUGGGACCCGGCUUUCACAAAUAUAUGGUUUGAAGUUUUCGGGAAAGAAGCACCAAACGAAGAAGUCGCCGCUCAACUGCUGGAAAGAGUUCGCGAUGAAUUGGAUUUGAUUUAUGAUAGAUAUGAAAAUAGGACAAAAGAAUAUCGACUCAGAGAGCAGCACGAGUAUAUAGGUGAAGAUCUUUUUAAGAGAACAAAGUCGCUCUGCCUAUUUGACGGCAGAUUCUUUCCAUUAGAAUGGUUUCUUUCUAAGAAUUGUUGCACUCGCGCACAUUUUUCAAAGGAUGCACCGGAAAAGAAACACACUGUCAUUGUCAAAUUGAGAUUACGCCAAUUACCAAUUAUUCUUCGAGAAACUAAGGAUUCCCUUAUAAGCCGUUAUCUGCCCAAUGUGAUCGAGCCUGACAACGAAAGCUCGUCCUUCCACAACUCGUUUCGCUUUUAUAAGAGAAUUUUGGAAGCCACCAUUAACUGUGAAACAUCCAUGGAUGUCAAAAUACCUAAAAGGUCUUCAACGGGUGCUUCCGACCGUGCAAGCUUUGAGCAGUCCGAAGCAUUACGCCCAAAUAUCGUUGCUCUUUCGUUGCUUGGAGAUAUCCCGAAUACUUCAACUGAUCCUAUAAAAGAACCCGAGGUAGUCACAAUAUCCUCAGACGAGGAAGAUAUUUCGGAAAGCUUAUAUGUUGAUUUGCCUAUGUGUUCAUCACCACUUGUUCUCAAAUCUCAGUUUUCGGAAAAUGCAGAAAUGUCAAAAAGUAAUAGAACCCAAGAUUUAGCCAGUUUGUUCCCUUUCGGAGAAGCCUCGUUUUCAUCGAAAUUAAAUCAAGCGCUCGAAGGAAAUUCGUUGAUAGCGUCGGUGUGCAGCAGUGCUUCAACCGAUUCGAGUACCUCUACAAAUAUAUCACCAGACUAUCAUGUUCCGUCUGAAAAAAGUUAUACCUCUUCCAUGGAACAUUCUCCAGAACCGAUUCCCGAUACUGUACCAAACAACAGAUAUCCAAUUUUCAAAGUUGUGGACAGCAAUCAAAUGAACAAAACUCCCCGUAAAUCGUUUUCCUUUUCUUUUCAAAACAAAAGAGUAUCGGUUCAAAAACCGACAGUGUUCAAAGAAUUUAACACCGAACCCACUUCUCAUGAUCUGAAAUCCCUACCUCAUCUCCGAAGCAUGAGUCGUUCAUAUAAAAUUGCUGACGAAAAGCGCUACUGGCAGCCAAGAAUUCACAUAGAGAACAGUCGCUUUGAAGAACACCUGUACAGAAUAAAGACUGUAGCUGUAAAAGAGGGUUACAUCAAUCGAAUCUGCGAAGUUCUCUGCCGUCCAAUAACGCUGAGCAUGAUUAAAAAACAUGUUCAUUUGUUGCCGUUGAGUGUCAGUACACCAGUGACGACUCAGAAGUUGUGCCAGUAUGUGAGAGAAACAAUGAUGGACCGAUUUGCUUUAGAUGGCAAGCAUUCUCACUAUUUCCCGGUUGGUUGGUUGUCUCCAAAUAUGCCAGACUUGGAGACGUCAAAAACAACAGAAGCCAACAUCAAGUUCGCAGCUGGCCGACAUGAUUCAGCUCUAUGGUUUAUUGCUGAUAAGAUCCCAAGCAUGUCAGCAAGAGCCGAAUUUAAGAAAGACGGGCAUAUUCUUUGCCAGAAGAUCAUUCGCGACCUCAUUCGAACCGUAUUUGUUAUGAAGCUCGACGAGUAUAAAGCGGCUUACUAUUAUUUUGAUGGAACCUUCGAUAUUAAGAAAAGCAUCACAUUUGCCAAUACCACUUUCUGUUCUUCACCGGGGUCCGAUUAG